UGGGGCAAUGACAUCACUUGUCCCCAAUCUCUAACUCGGAGUUUUAGGAAGGAAGUUAUUAUGAAGCAUAAUGAAUGCGGAGGUCCGAAUAUUGCAUGAGGGGACACUUGAGAAAUGCACGCAUGAUCACGGGAAAAAGGAUUGGAAGCGGCGAUAUUUUGUAUUCAAGCACAUAUUGGCAAGUAACAUCAGAAGCUUGGAGUUCUAUUCUGUUGGUAACAGUAAGAACUGGCGGACUGCAGAACCUAAAGGAGUGUUAGCUCUAUAUCCCGGGUAUGAAAUCAUAAAAGUUCACGAACCAAAGCGUCAUUUUGUCUUUGAAAUUAAAACAAUUGAUCAUACUUAUCGUUUGGCGGCUCAUUCUGAAGAUGAACUUAAUCAGUGGAUUGUUGUCUUGGAGAGAGAGAAUGUUGUCAAUUCAUUCUAUGUGGAUCCUGAAACCACAGACCAGAUGUUAAAGCUGGGAGCAACUGGCAAAUGUCAUCUCCAUGUAGCAAACAGUGAGCUACGACUUCUCUGUGCAAAAGAUGGAAGACUGCUUGUGGCAUGGCCUUUCACAUGUUUGCGGCGAUACAUGAGUGCAAGAGGAAAGUUCAUAGUCGAGGCUGGGCGAAGAGCUCCCACUGGAGAAGGAAAGUUUGCAUUUUUUACUCCUCAAUAUGACGAGAUUUAUAAGCUCUUGGACAACGUUGUGAAGUCCAGAGCAGGCCAUAAACCUUCCCAUGAAACACUGAAGAAGACACAUCCUGUGCCAAACGAUAGUGGAUCGCCAACUUGUAAAGAGACUGUAGAUGAUGGGUAUGACCAGCUGUCAUGCAUCCCUGUGACUACAUCAAGUAACACAAAUUCAUUAAAAGACACAUAUGCUGCUCCCUAUGGGCAUCUGCCAUCACGUGAUAUGACAAGAACAGGUCCAGUGCAUGGUGGUCAAGUUGCAUCUCAAGCUGCAUCCUCAGAUGAGAAUCGGUAUAACACACAGAGUCAACCAAUGCAUGGAUCUGAGAAACAAAGGAUCAGCCAACAUGACAAAAAACCUGUUAGUGCAAACGAGUACAAUGCUCUUGAUCAGCGCCCUGCUUUUCCUCAUCAAGGACAGGAUAUGUACAGUGUCCUUCGACAGGGUCCCAAUCCUCAAACAGGUACACAUCAGAAAGAGACAGAUGAUGUUUACAAUGUGAUUGGAGAGACUUUGCACUCUGUGCCACAUGCUAGUAUCCAGGAAAGUGAGGAUGUGUACGACACCUUGUCCUCUCCAAAAAGAAACAUAUUGCCAUCAAGCACAUCAGCUCCUGAGGAAACAUACAAUGCUCUGGAUCAUGGCUCACCAGUAUUGCCUCCUCGCAAAGGAAAUUUUAAUAGUCAAGCAUCUGUCAGAUCACCAAAGUUGGCUGUCAGGAAGCUUUUUGACUCAACACCAGAUGAAAUUGAUAAUAUGUACAACACACUAAAUACACAAAGACAUCCACCACUUCCUGUAAGAAAAACACCUGAGCAGUCAAUGCUUCAGAAAUCCCAACCAGAAGAUGAAGUGUACAACAUGCUGGAUAGUGCUUCAAAAGUGAGACCACUAGCACCUCCUAGAAGGACGUCUGAACAGCUGACGUAUGAAACCAACAUGUACAAUACAUUGGAUUCGUCUAGUCUGGGAAAUUCUGCACUGCAUACAACACAACAAGGCAGUGAUGAAAUGUAUAAUACACUUAAUGUAGCAAGAGGAGGUACAUCUCCAAUUCCAAAUCGACCGAAAAGUUGGACUGCAUCAUCAGGCAUAGGUGAUGAGAUGUAUAAUACACUGGGCAAUAAAACUAUGGCCUCUAUUUCCCCCAGAGAUGAUGACAACAUGUAUGAUACACUUGAUAAAACAAGAGGUAAACCUAGUCCAAGUGUGCCUGUUCCAACUCAAAGAUCAUUUCUCACUACCAGUAACCCUGCCAGAAAAGAUACCUUAGGGUUGAAAGGCAACUCUACUUCCUUGUAUCAUUCAACACGCUGUCCCUUAGAUGUCUCAUCAUCGCCAGCAAAGACUCCUCAAUUCACAUCUUCCUUGGAUGACCCCGACUCUUAUGCAAGCAUCAGUUAUUCAGCUCUGUUGUCCCCUAAAGGAACACAGAAAAAUCCUCCAAUCCCAGUGAAAAGAUCAAGUCCUUGCAAGACUAGAAAAACUAGUGCCCCUGAUGUUUUGUCAUUUUCAGGACAUACUGGUCUGAAGGAUGUUAGGAAGCAAGGGAAAGGAAAUGUUUCAAAUUUGAAGGCUUCCCUGGAAGCAGGAGGUUUAGAUUUGACCAAACAACCAAGGAAACCCAAAAUGCUCUCCAGAGAAGGAAGUGAUGAUUUGUCUCCAUAUGAAGAGAAUGCAGAGCAAAGAGGCAGUGAGGUCUUGGCAGAAAAUGCUUCUGUUGGUGGGACUUUACCCAACAAACCUGGAAGGUCAUUAUCAUCACUGUCUGAUCACGGGGAGGAUAUUUAUGACAAAUUACAACACACAGCACAGGUCAAACCCAAGUCUUCACAAAUCACCAAAGCUAAAAAAAGUCCAAAGAAACAUUAAGUAUUUGUAGUUGUUGGUAAAUAUUUAGGCUCUCUUGCUAGAGCCAAAAGCAUUUCACAACUAUGUAGACUGAGAACUUGCAAAAUGCAAAUUCAGUUAUCUGUUGGAACUUACAAGAUGCCUAGUAUGCUAUUUUGUUAUCAGUGCUAUUGUUUUUUUUAUAGAUAGAUAUGAUAGAUAUGUUUACAAUCAACACUUUUGCAGGCAGAGCUGAAAUACAGUGUGGGUCAGAAAAUUAUACACACAAUAUACUGGUAACAAUGAUAUAAAUAACACUGAUAAUAUUUCAGCAAUUUCUCAUGUGUGAAUAAUAUAAAUAACCCUUAAUAAAUAAUAUUUCAACUGCAUGUACAACAAUUUCAUUACAUUAAAAAAUUAAUCAUAAAUAUGCCCUCAAAGGUUAUUCCUUAUGGGGAAGAAUUAUUAGUACAGAAAGCUGUGAAUCUAUCUGUCCUAACUCUGGGUCUCUCUACAAAGAGGCAAUCCCCUGAGCAAAGAUUGUAACCAUGAGGAACUACUUCCUCCAUGCAAAGAGACCCUAAAAGUUCAGUAUUAGGAAGGUCCUUGACAAACCUGAUGCAGGCAAGAUCCCUGUGCUGACUUAGGUAAGGAAGGCAGACAAAGCUAAGGAUUCCUCAUAACCAUUAUCUGGAAAGAUAGUCCACAAUGCCCUCCUCUGAACAGCUUCAAUAAGAUCAGAUAGAUAGUCAGGUAGAGCUGCCCACACAGGUGAGGCAUAUUCAACAAUAGAUCUGAUUAAUGAGCAAUAUAUCUGCACUAGGUCAGUAUGAUGGAGCCCUGACUUCUUAAAUUUAAGGCCUACAGCCUCUUAUUAGCCCCUCUAACAAUAUACUCAACAUGCUUGGUUCCACUUGAGGUCAUUGGGUAUAUAUAUAUUAUAUAUUUUGCACCAAUUUGUUUUGAUAGAGGAAAAGAUUAAUUUGAUUUUAUAAAUAUUUGUAAUGAUGACUUGUUUUGAAUAGUACUGGAAUGCUUGAAUUCACAUGGGUGCCAUGCCCUCCUCUAAAAUUUAUUUUUAUCAAUCAUUUACGAGCCAUCUCAACAAAAUUGCCUAAGCGUUAUUCUCAUUUCCUAUUUUACUUGACACUAACUUCACAUGGUGUACUGAAAAGGAGAUCCGGCAACUUUACAGGCCAGUGAGGUAUGGGGCCUUUUGCAAAAUACUGGUUAAGUUUAAGAUCAACUUCUGACUGAUUAGGCUCCAUGUUCAGGUGUAGCCAGCCAACUAGAGGUAGUUUCUCCAAUAUUUCAACAUCUCUGCAUUCAUUACUGACUCACUAGUGGGAUAUAGAUAGAGGGAUCCCUUUUCUUUUUCCAUUUAAUUUGGUUGAAACUCUUUCAAAGAUGUGACUGAACAGAUAGGGUCCAGUCACAAAAUUUUGAAAUAAUUUCAGGUUUAAUCUGUAAAUACUUCCACGAAUGCAGAUAUUUGCCUGUUACUGAAUUGUUAAAGACAUGGAGAAAAAUGUUUUUUUCAUUUUUUAUUGUUUUGUUACAUUAAUAAUUUUAUAUUACUACAAUAUUAGACUGAAAAUAAAAAAAAAUGGAACAAAACAGUAGAUUAUUGCUGAAAUUUCGGUAGUUUCAGGUAACAGAUAUGUUGAGCAAAAAUUAUAAAACCAUGAAAACUAUUUUUUCUUGAAAGAAUGCACAUACUUAUUCAUAAUUAUCUUGUUUCAUAAUACUUGGUUAGAAAAUUUGAAAAGGCCAAAGGCUUUUCCAAGAGAGGGAAAAAUAUCAUACUAUUGUCAAAUAUAUUUUAUUACAAACUAUCUCAUCACAAACAAUCAAUGAACAAUGAUAGGGUGAAAAAUUGUUUCUAGAUUUACAAUAAAAGUAAGAAAUUUGAGUAUAUUAGAAUUACUUUCAAGUGGAGAUUUAUUUCAAAACAACAUAUUUUCACAUAAAAGUAACGGCACAACAUCUUCAACUAGAAUCAUAAAUAUAUAAAUAAAAUUUGUUUUGAAUACUUCUAAGAAGAAAAACCAGAGGCUCAGGGUAAAAUAUCUUUUGAUUUUUUCUGGCUUUUUUCUAAAUUAUUUAGCAUAUCAUGUAUUGACACAUUCAAAGGAACUUAAUAUUCAAAUUACCAACCAAAUCUUCCUUGAGGCCCAAGAGAUAAGGUUUCAUAAAUCCUUCUUUGGUAAGAGCUCAUGGUAAGGUUAACCACUAAUUUGACAAGUAUCUUGUAGCACAAAGUUGCAGUGACUUUAGAUUUAGGUAUCUAUAGAAUUUAAUUUGUUAACUAAGAGAGCAAAAUCUAUUUUUGAUAAUAAAGUAAAUGAACUCUU